CGCGUCGUUAUAUCCUGUACAUUGCUUGUACUGGAAGCGGUUGUCUUGAGAGGUAAACUGUGAGUGUUUACAUAUCGGGUGGUUGGGUCGCUAAGUCAAGUUUUUAAACUAACUCACCCGUAUUAUCGCAGCUCCGCUCAUCAAAGAGUCGUUGACGUGAACUUUGAGCCCGCGGGUCUGAAGUUAGCAUACAGCGUUAGCACGUUUAGCGCCUUAUCGUUAUUUAUAAAGCGCUAUCGUUAUUUAUAAAGAGCCCUCCACCCACAUUGCUCCUCGCUUUUUACUUUCGCUCGGUCUUCCUGGUUGUAGCUGACGUUACGCCUUUGAGCGCUGGACGGGUGUUUUUGGCCGAGCAACCUCCUCUCCUAGCCGGUAUGCUCCUCAUUCUCCUGGUGUUCAGCCUGUCUCUGGCUUCCACGGCACAAGAAGUGGACGAAGACGACUGGAUAGACCCUCACGAUAUGCUCCACUACGAUGCCACCACCAAAACCAUGCGGAAGCCCGCCGAGACUGCCAACUAUGACAACGUCCCAACCAAGAGAAGAGCGUACAAUCAGGAAUCCAACCAAGUGGACCUGACGACAUGUCGGUCUGAAGUGGCGGAUCUCCAGAGAAAGAUUGAAGAACUUAAGAAGGAAAUCCGACUCAUCUCACAGCAGCCUACCUGCAAUCCAGUGUUCAAACGAUUCCUUACCAGACUCCGUAAAGAUCUACAAAGACUUGGUUUGCCCAGUGACCCCUUUGAUGUCUUCUAUGAUGCUAAAAUCAGAGUCUCCACAAAUACCAUGGCAGAGAUUCAGUCACUGCUGGAUGGCGAAGACAGUUUGAGAACAGGGGCUCUUGACAAUGCCAUCAGUCAGAUACUCGUCGAUCUCAAACCGCAUGACUACGAGACCUGGAAGUGGCGUUUUGAAGACACUUUUGACGUGGAGCUUGACACACUAUUAAAAAUGGGACUGCUUGUUCUGAUUAUAGUGGCCAUCGUGUGCACCCAGCUGUGGUCAAGAGUGUCCUGGUUCAUGCAGCUCAGCAGACUGUUUUAUGCUUCUUUCUUCAUCAGUAUUAUCUGGAACUGGCUAUAUCUCUACAAGAUUGCCUUUGCUGAGCACCAAAGCAACAUGGCAAAGAUGGAUGGGGUUUAUGAAAAAUGCACGGGAGUGAAGAAAAUUGACUGGAGUGAUAGCUUGAAAGAGUGGUUCAGAAGCAGCUGGACUCUUCAAGGCGACCCUUGUAAGAAAUAUUAUGAACUCCUCUUGGUCAACCCGAUUCUGCUGGUUCCUCCAACCAAGGCGUUCGCAGUUACCAUCACAACGAUGAUAACGGAGCCGCUGAAGCACAUUGGACAGGGGAUCAGUGAGUUCCUAGUUGCACUUCUCAAAGAUCUACCAUUUACCCUGCAGAUUCCAGUUCUCUUCACUAUCGUGCUUGCUAUUGUGGUUUGCAUGUAUGGCGGUGUGCAGGCGGCCUUCCAGCAUGGCAUCGCUGCACCUUUUCGUCGACCCCGAGGCGACCCCCCUCCUCCGCAGCUGGAGCAACCGCAGCCCAGGGUCCAGGAGGUCCUGGCCGGGGACAACUUGGCAGGAGGGGACGCACCGCUGCAAGCCCCAAUGCAUCAAGCAGUUGAAGACAGACUGCACGGGAACCAGGUCCGUCAGAGGCAGCCCGACCCGACCGUGGAGUCGCUAGGCAGAGCCGAGCCCCCUCACGGUGGGGACGAGACGGAUGCCGAGCAGCAGGAGGCGGACCCAAAUCUCUCCGCUGAGUCAAAUUCGGAAAACUUCCAUGAGAUAGAAGGGGAAAGUGCUAUCGGUGUUGCCGCUGAAACAACCAUAUCCAAGACGAAAGCAACUGAAUCAGACUCUUUGCCUUCAAAGAAAAGACCACUGAUAGGGAAUGAAUUGCUUUCUCCAAAUAAAGUUGUCAAAGACAGUGCAGCAACUCAGCCAGCAGGACGGCAGCAGUCUUCCGCUAAUGUUCAGGAUCUGUACUCCGUGGAAGACAGCACCUCAUAUGUCUCGCUGCCACCUGUUGAAACUGUUGGAGUACCAGUUCAGGAAACAUCGGCAGCUUCAUCAGUCAAUUCUGGAAAUUAAACGUGAUCGGAGUUUGGUGCUUCUUGCUGGACUUUACAGGCGGUGAGGCCAAGAAGGGGGGAUGUCCUUGACUGAAAUGUACAUUGUGUAUGUACGUUUUGAAGUGUUUGCCGACUUAACCUCAUUGCCGUUCAAUUGAAAAUCCCUCGUCAGCAACAAUGUUUGGUAUAUCUAGUUAUAAAAAUUGGAGGAAAUUAGAUGUUAACACUAUUCGUCGAUUCAGUGUUACAGUGUGCAUUACCCAGGGAUGGAAAUCAUUCUCUUAAAAACAUUUGAUCAUUCAACUGUAAUGAUGCAAGUAAAUAUAAUUGUGAUGAACAUAAUAAAAAUAUUUAUUUUUUUUAAAUAAAAAGACAUUUCUUUGCAGUUCUUUUUUCUAAUCAUUAUUUUUGUGAUCAACUGCCUGUAUAUAAUUGGCUCAAUAAAUAGCAAUGCCGAAGUAAA